GUUCGUUAAUGUCAAUUACGCGCCUGUGACAGUUGUUGAUGUUUAGCUUCUGAAGGAGCGAGCACUUGCGUAGCGUCUGGGCUAACGGCAGCGCUAAUGUUUGUUUGCCUGAGAACAAAUAAUGCCAUAAUUCUACAUAUUCAAGACUGGAAACACUAGCAAACUACUUCAGUACAACCAUCCCAGGUCCCGGAUUUUCUUCAAACCCAAACCGGAAUGUCGGAUGAGGAUUCCCGUGCCAGCACAAGCUCAUCCUCAUCGCCACCUUCCUCCAGCCAGACCAGACAGCGGGACACACCUUGCAAGAAGAAACGGGAGAGCAAAGCCAGCAUGAGCAAGACCUCCAAGCUGCUUUCCACCAGCGCUAAAAGGAUUCAGAAAGAGCUGGCUGACAUCACACUGGACCCGCCACCCAACUGCAGUGCUGGACCGAAGGGUGACAACAUCUAUGAGUGGAGGUCGACCAUCCUGGGACCGCCGGGCUCCGUGUACGAGGGAGGGGUCUUCUUCCUGGACAUCGCCUUCACACCAGACUACCCCUUCAAACCCCCCAAGGUAACCUUCCGCACAAGGAUCUAUCACUGCAACAUCAACAGUCAGGGUGUGAUCUGUCUGGACAUCCUGAAGGACAACUGGAGCCCCGCCCUCACCAUCUCCAAGGUGCUGCUGUCCAUCUGCUCCCUGCUCACAGACUGUAACCCAGCGGACCCCCUGGUGGGAAGCAUCGCCACCCAGUACACCACUAACAGAGCCGAACAUGACCGAACAGCCAAACAGUGGACGAAGAGAUAUGCCACAUAGACCUGCUGAGGACCACGGAGGAGGAGGAGGAGGAGACGGGAGGAAGGCGGAGGUGUUGGAGGGUUAGCCAGGGUGAGGGGGGAGGGGAGGGGGGCGCUGGGCGGUCUGUGUCCGGGGUGUUAUUUCUAUCUCAGAUUUUUACUUUAUUGUCUGGUAUAUUUUUUUGCUUCCUGACUUAAGUUAUCUCUGCAAAUAACGAGAAGACGUCGGGGGUGGGGAGGAAGUGUCGCCCGCUCGCCUCGUCAUUACCAUUCUUCCACUGUCUAAUAGAAAUUCCUGCUGCGCACAAAGUUCCACACCGCCCGAAACGAUCGUGUUUGGGGUCACCACGGACGAUACUUCCCGUGUUUCAGACGUGUACAAACUGUUGUUAGAAGUCUGCUGUCGAAAAUAUGUUCCAAUAAACACAAAUGUCCUGGGAAA